AUGCACCCCCUCUCUGUCCUCAGCGUUGGCAUCUUCGUCGCUGGCUACAUCACCGCCCGAUGGGACCUGGUUACACGCCUCUAUGAGCUUGCCAUAUUCGCUUGGGACUACGGAGUUGUUACACGCGCCGCCAAGGGCUUCGCCCUCCUAACCUUCGUCUACCUCCUUAUAUUCAUUCCCGUGGAACGUUUGGCCACCAAGGAGGCGAACCUGCCCGAGGCUGACAUGCCAGAAAAUGACGGCUUAAUGAGGAUAUUCUGGCCGACGGACAUCCAGCGCUCCGACCUGCCCGGUGUCGUUGUGGGAUGGAGGAACUCGAGCCUGGAUGUCUUCGUCGUCGCCAUCCUCGACGACGUCGAUGCCGGCCACGUCGAAUUCGCUCUCAAAAUCGGUACCCUCUUUCGAAAUUCCCCUCAUCCCGUCUACAGCAUCUACGAACGAUGCGGCCACGGAGCCAUGCAUGUCCUGGGCCUUGCCAACCCCAGCGACGCCGUCGUCCUCGAUCCUUCCCUGUUCGUCGCGACGACCCCAGCCGCCGCAAAAGUCCCUCGUAUCACUUGCGCCAAAGCCCUGAGCAUUCAAAUCAUCCUUUACGACCGCCCACGCCCCGGCAGGAUGCAGUACAUCUCGCUGAACCCCAUAUCGCUUGCGCUCGGAAACAAGGAGGCCCCGGGCCUGCCACCGACUGAACACAUGGCCGAGGAGGAGAAGCAGGAACUGAAGCUGAAGGAGCAGAAGAGGAAACUUGUCGACAAGCUUAGGCUCCACACCAUCAUCAAGCGAUCGCCCUCGCCAAAGGAGAAGGCUCUGCCCAAGAUUGUGAACCAAAUCAACUGGUCCUGGGAGCUUGAACAGCUGCUGCAGAAGAACAUUUCGCGCAUCGGCACCAGACCAAAGCGGACGCUCAGCGUCUCGGAGCGAGUUGUCGAGAACGUGACGACCGUGCGGAACUUCGUAUGGGACCUCCUGAUCCUAUACGUGCUCCCGCUGAUCCAGUGGGGGUUCGUGUACAUGCUCAUGGGUCACAGAGCCGUGGCCGAGCUCCUCCUUCAGAUCCUUGAGUUCCGUCUAAAGGACAACUCCCUGGCCCUGAAGGACAUCUCGGCGACGGCGCAACAGGUGGAGAUCAGGCUUCAGCAAUUCUGCUACUGGCCUAUGCAGUACACGACGUUGCGACAGCGUAAAAACGACUGGGAGAGCGUCACGACUAGCCAUCCUGACUAUAUCCGCUUCUACAAUAGCUUGUGGCUUGUCGCCAACGAUGUCAUCAUCGGCAUCGCGCUGGGAUCCUACAUCAUCGAUAAUGCCGAAUGGGCCGCCAGUGCAAUCAGUGGGCUUUUGAAGGUGUACACAGUCGAGGCACUGCAACGGAGCAUUACUUGGCUGAUGGACUGCCCUGGGGGCUUGAAGCUGAAUAAAGACUUGGCUUCGUUCCUCGGAGACCUUUUCCUAUGGGUUAUCGAUUACUGGUCAAACUGUAUCGCGACCCUUGAGCCAGUGCUGCCUCACGUCAUCUGGUUCAUUGGGUUCUCCAGCUUCGCCGGCGCUAGUAUGCCCAUUGCCAUGUUUUCCGACCUGCUAUCCGGCCUGACCGUCCACAUCUACUCGUUUUAUCUCGCGUCUGCUCGGAUCUACCACUGGCAGCUGACGAUCCUCAUCUCACUCUUCCAUCUCUUCCGUGGCAAGAAGCACAACGUCCUCCGUAACCGUAUCGACUCGUGCGACUACGACCUAGACCAGCUUCUCGUCGGCACCAUCCUGUUCACCCUGCUCUUCUUCCUCCUCACAACGGUGGUCGUCUUUUACCUCAACUUUGCCGUUGCGCGCAUGGUCAUCAUCUCGCUCAAGGCUGUGUUCGAUACGCUUCUCUCUUGUCUAAAUCACUUUCCCCUUUUCGCGCUGAUGUUACGGGUCAAAGACCCGAGGCGACUUCCAGGCGGCAUUCGUUUUGAGCUUCGAGAUACCCAUGAUUAUAGACUUAGUAAUACUUCCAACGAACCACCAACCUCGGUCAUCUAUCUCAAGUCCAUCCCCCUCACAUUCCGUGCCAUGUUCCACCAGUACUUCCAAAUGGGGAACCGCAUCCGCAAGCACUACCUAUCGCCACAGGUGCUCCUUUGCUUGCUGACAGGGCAGUUCGUCCCGCCCCUCAACCGCAAGAAUCUGUACAGCUUGCAAUACAGCAUGCUGCCCGCGCGCCGCGCAAACUUUCGUCAGAUGUGGGACGCCAUCACGACAGCGCAGCCGUCGAGGAAGCCCGCGCCGUUCGUCAUGAAUGGGAGGAGGUAUCCGACAGGGCUUGGCGGCGGGGGGAGGACAAGAUACCACCAUUAA